AGAACCCAAGAUAAGCACAUCUUCGCCAAUAGAAAAAGUGAGUUUCGAUUUGGGUGGAGUUUAAUAUAGGUAUUAUUUGUGUUGAAAUUGAACUUUCUUGCUAUAGGAAGUGGUUGAUUCGUUGUUGGGUCUGAAAUAUUAUACGAAGUUUACAAGUGCAAGUAAGAAGAGCAUGUGCAGUAAGACAGGUCGUCUUGCUGGAAAGAAGGGACGAUAUAUUCGACUUUUCUUAUUGUAAAUUCCUGCUUUUCGUCUGAAAUGAUGCUGAAAGCAGGAGUGUUGUGCACUUUGCUAGCGCUGACCUCUGCGCUAACAUGUCCUGACGCUAGUGUGUGUAAGGAUGGCAGCACUUGCUGCCAGACUCCUUCAAACAAAUAUGGCUGCUGCCCGCUUCCAAACGCUGUGUGCUGUGAAGACCACUUGCACUGCUGCUAUGAAAGCACGAUCUGUGAUACAGAGCAUGCCAAGUGCCUCAAUGAAACCCACAGCCUGCAGUGGCUGGAAAGGGUCCCUGCUGAACUUCUCAACUUGCCACAGACGGUGCGGUCGUUCUCCAUGAUCCACGCUGUCCCUGUGAAUUUGGAUUUUGAUAAUAUCUGCCCUGACAAGACUCGCUGCCCUGGAGAAUUCUCCUGUCUAAAGACGCGCAAUGGAAAAUACAGUUGCUGUCCUCUUCCUCAGGGUGUGUCUUGCUUUGAUGGAAGGCACUGCUGUCCUAACGAAUACCAGUGUAGUAAAGAUGGGAUCUCCUGUACCAGGAGUGCAGAGCGCGUGGAGGCAGUCAUCUGUCCCGACCAGGUGUCCGAGUGUCCGGAUGAGACCACCUGCUGCCAGCUCCCGGAUGGCAGCUGGGGAUGCUGUCCCCUGCCCAAGGCAGUGUGCUGUGCUGACCGAGAGCAUUGCUGUCCCAUGGACACCAUCUGCGACCUUGAGCACUCCAAGUGCGUGCCUCCUUCUGGGAAGCCUGUGCCCAUGUGGGAGAAGUUCCCUGCCAGGAGGCGUGAGGCGUGGGAGGACCGGGCAGAUGCUGUGAACACUACGGCGGUUACCUGCCCCGACGGGAAGAGCAGGUGCCCGGACCACUCCACCUGCUGCGCGCAGACCGGUGGAUCGUAUGGCUGCUGCCCCUUCCCAGACGCUCUGUGCUGCUCUGACCGGCUGCACUGCUGCCCGGCCGGCACCAGGUGCGACCUGGAGCACGGCACAUGCCGACAGGAAGAGCGUCCGCCUGCCCCGCCCCGCGAUGGGUAUUCAGUAGAAUGUCUGGACCAUGUGACCACAUGCCCCGAUGAAACAACCUGCUGUAUGCUGAACAACGGGAGCUACGGCUGCUGCCCAAUGCUUCAAGCGGUUUGCUGUGUGGACCAUCUCCAUUGCUGCCCGGAGGACACCACGUGUGACCUGGUCCAUAGCAUGUGUGUUGGGGCUAGUGGGAACAUCACCUGGGCUACGAAGAUACCUGGCGUGCCGCUCCCUCCUGUAGAGAGCACAGGCACCGAUGUUCGGUGCGAUGAAUCCGUGUCCUGUCCUGAUGGCUGCACCUGCUGUAAAAUUGCAUCAGGACAAUGGGCAUGCUGUCCCCUGCCUAAGGCCGUCUGCUGUGAGGACCAUGAGCACUGCUGCCCCCAGGGAACGGUCUGUAACCUGGCUGCCGAAACCUGCGAUGACCCCUUGGGCUCCACCGCCUGGCUGGAGAAAGUUCCCGCCUUCAGCUGGACCUCGGGCCAAACUAUGAAGCAGGAAUGUGACCCCACCACCACCUGCGCUGGCAAGGCCACUUGCUGCAAGGACGCCUCUGGAAAGUGGGCGUGCUGUCCGCUGCCUAAGGCCGUGUGCUGCGAGGACCACAUUCACUGUUGCCCCGAGAACACUGUCUGUAACCUGGCAGCCCAAACGUGCGACGACCCAUCGGGCUCCACACCCUGGCUGGAGAAGGUCCCUGCCGUCUCUGAGAUGCCCGACGGACGGACAGACGCCCAGUCGCCUGCGGAGGUGAAGAACAUCACGUGUGACCCCAGCUACGCCUGCCCAAUCGGGAGCACCUGCUGCAAGACAGAAGAAGGAAUAUGGGCCUGCUGCCCCCUGCCGAAGGCUGUGUGCUGCGACGACCACGAGCACUGCUGCCCCGGGGGAUACAAGUGUGACGUCGUCCAGCAGACGUGUGUCAGGCCGGGCGGGGCCAGCCUCCCCUGGGCCAGCAAGCAGCCGGCCCUGAUGGCAGAGCAGACCCAAGGCCCGGCUCCAUCCUCUCCACCACACAGCCAGCAGUGCGAUUCCCAGACUACCUGCCCAAGGGACACCACUUGCUGCUACAUGGACAAGAUGAGGAAGUGGGGCUGUUGCCCUUUGCCAAAUGCAGUUUGCUGCGCUGACGGAGACCACUGCUGUCCCGAGGGUUACGAGUGCCACGUGGCCCGUACGUCUUGCCAACGAGGGAGCGUCGUGAUUCCCUGGUACCGAAAGGAGGAGGCCCUUGGUGGCCCCGCCGCACCCACGGACGUGAAGUGCGAUGCUGAGAAGAGCUGUGCUGCAGGCACCACGUGCUGCCUGCUUCCCUCAGGGGACUGGGGCUGCUGUCCACUGGUCAAGGCCGUCUGCUGCUCAGACCACUUGCACUGCUGUCCCCAGGGAUACACCUGCAACAUGACGUCAGGAACCUGCGAAAGGAAGGGGGGGAGGGUAUUUCAGAGCGUAUCCCUGUUCCAGGUGUAUUCAAUGGAGCAGGAGCCUACCCCGGAGCCUGCCCUAGAGACUACCCCAGGGCCGACUACAGAGACUACCCCAAGGCUUACCCUGAAGCCUACACCGGAGCCUACAACCGAGCCGACCCCAGGGCCUACAACUGAGCCGACCCCAGGGCCUACAACUGAGCCGACCCCAGAGGGGGAUGAAGUAGAAUGCGAUGGAAAGUAUCGCUGUCCAAAAACCGAGACAUGCUGUAGGACUUCUGCCACCACCUGGGCUUGCUGCCCCUCAGUCAAGGCCGUGUGCUGUAGGGAUAUGAAGCACUGCUGCCCUGCCGGCUACGCCUGCAACGCAGUGGACGGGUCCUGCAUGAAACAGUCGAAUUUCAACUGGGACGAAUUUAUCAGAUCUAGAAAAAGAUCUUUCAUUUCUGUGUGACACUGAGUGAAUCCAAUUGCACUGAUCUACACUACACGCGCAUUCACAAACCUGCAGCACACCGUUGUUUUAAACUUGGGGAUGAGGGACAAAGUGUAACGCUUUUCUUUCCACUUUUACUCAUGGAAUUAAUUUUUUGGGAUAUGCUCAAUCAUUGAAAAAGAUGAAAAUGGGUAUUUGUUGCAAGGGGAAGGUGACCAGUGUUGUAUUAUAUUUGAAGAGUGAGGUUCUUGAUGUUGGUUGAAAGGGGCCCUGUGGCUGAAAUCUACACAAUGCAGUUUGAAGCAGACAUUUUUAUUAUAAUGCUGACGGUUCUGUUGAAAUACUGACAUUUUUUCUGCCCGUUGCAUUCUAAUAAGUGUCUGCUGAGACAUUAAAAAAGUGUUUGUACCACUGUCAACCAAGUAAUUUUUAAAAAUCUAAAACGAUUUUCUCUGUCUCUGUCACCUUAUUCUAUGCAAGUGGAAGCUCUCCUGUAAAGAAACAUGAAUGCACAGUAGCCAAUCACUGGUGACUGCUGAUAACCAAGCAAGUGUCUGUCCAAUCAAUCUCUUCUCAUGUUAACGCUACUAGGUUUUAGAAGACAGUUUUGUGAAACUUGCAAAAAUGAUACUGACGACUGAAAUAUUGCGUGAAUCAAACUGCUAAAUCACAGGCCUUCUGUCACAAUUGGUGCAUGAGAAUGGUAUUCUUUGGUAUUCUGUUUUUAACACCUUUACAUGUAAAGAGAGAAUGAAUGUCAACAAGUCUCAGCAUUAUUUCAUUCUUGUUCCCUCUUAACCAGGAACUGGGAUGCACUGGAGCUGCUGCCAUGUCGGGCUAUGGUAGUUUUGACAUUGGUUUCAGUCUAGACCCUCCAGUCAGUUGUGUUGCAUGCUAACCAUUGCGAAGGUUGGACAGUGUGUAAAUGAUGCUAAUAUCAUUAAGUAUACCGUACGAUGCAUUUACAACUGCAAAAAAUUACCACGCACAUUAAGGGGCAAUUCGAUCAGAUGCAUCUGGUCAAUGGAAAAUGUCUUUGGUUACACAUUUAAAGUAGGAUUGCUCUUACAGUGUUUUUUUUUUUUUUUUUUUUUCAAACUGUAAUCAUAUUAAUAUUGAAAGUUCUGCAAAGCAAUUAAAUGUAAUUACUUUUUUUCCUAUGCAUUGAUCAGUCAACAUAAUCUGCAGUAUACCAUCCACAAAACCUUUGCGUGCCAUUUCUCAAGAUGACUUGUGGGGCCAUUUUAGGUAAAAGGCUAAAUUAGGCUUUACCUAAAUUUAAAGUAGACUGAAGGACGUAAUUGAGAUAUCUCCCUGUUACAGCAGUUCUUAGCAUAAUGGCCCAAACAUCUUGUGUCUAUGUUUAACAGUAACUCAUACAACCUGAAGUUUAAUCCCAAAAAUAAAAAAUAAGAGUGGACAUGUAGGCCAUAUCUGAAUAACCAGGGUAUGAUGUGUCACUAUAGCAUCCACAAUUUCAUAAAGGUCUGUGUUCGGUGGCAUAAGAUCACUGGAGAAUCGAGUAUAAUGAGAAGUUGUUUAACAUAAUUCAUUUUUGCAGCUUUGCAGCAUAAAUGUAUUCUUUUCAGUUCAGCUGUGCCCCAUUUCUUUUUUUCUUUUUUUCUGGUUUGAGAUGAUAUCUUUUAAUUAUUUAUAUUAGGUUUUUUUUAAUCAAUAGCCAAGAUGAAGGUUCUUAUUUUGAUAGUGUUGUAUUUCUGUUUUUAAGCAGUUUUAGUUGGGUGUGCACCUUGAUAUAAAAAUAAAAGGGAAAAUUGAUUUAAUUGAG